GGCUUGCUAUCCAAAAUAGUCGAAACAUUGGAGCUCUUUAGACGCUUUCGGUGUAUAUUUGCCUUUGUGUUUUAAACUUCUUUCGUGUAGCCAGUUGCCCCAUUUAAGUUCAUAUUCACGUUGUUAGACAGGUAGCUAGCUAGCUUAGCACCAGGCUACUCGUUAAUGCUAACUAGCAUCACCAACCAUGAGUUCACUAAGCUACUCCCCUCUUGCUAAAGAAGAAGAGGUCUGCUGGAAGGAGAAAGAAGCUCUGGGUCUGAACAUUGUCGUAAAAGAAGAGGAAGAUGGUCCAGUAAAAGGAGAGGAAGAGGCUUUCAGAAUGAAAGAGGAGGAAGAGGUAGAGGAAUCUUUUAGAGUGAAAGAUGAAGAGGGGAUAGAGGCUGUCACAGUGAAAGAAGAGGAGGUAGAAGCUUUCAGAAUGAAAAAUGAGGAAGAGGAGGCCAUAACAUUUAAAGAAGAAGAGGAGGAUGUUAUAGUGAAAGAACCUUUUGGAGAGGAAGAGGAGGCUAUCUUACGUAAAGAGGAGGAGGAAGACGUAUUGGGAGAUGAAGAGGAGGUGGAAGGAGAGGAAGAGGAGACUGAAGAUCUGAUUAACACCAGAGAGAAACCAGACUCUCACUCUGACAGUGGGAAGAGCCCUUCAGAGAAUCCAGACCCAGAGAUUCCCAAACCAACGAGACGACACAACUGCUCCCAGUGUGGAAAGAGUUUUAAGUGGUUAUCUAAGCUCAAAGAGCAUGAGAGAACACACGCAGUAAAAAAGCUCUUCCAAUGUUCCCAUUGUGAAAAGAGAUUUAACCAGUCAUCACUUCUGAAAGAGCAUGAUAAAAUACACACAGGAGAAAAGCCUUUCCAAUGUCCCCAGUGUGGAAAGGGUUUUACAUGGUUAAGGCACCUGAAAGAGCAUGAGAGGAUACACACAGGAGAGAAGCCUUUCCAUUGCUCCCAGUGUGGAAAGCGUUAUACUCGAUUAGCACACCUAAAAAUACAUGAGAGAAUUCACUCUGGAGUGAAGGCUUACCUCUGUUCCCAAUGUGGAAAGAAUUUUAGGUGGUUAGAGAACCUGAAGCAGCAUGAAAGGACACAUACAGGGAGAAGCCUUACCAUUGCGCUCAGUGUGGAAAGGAUUUUACCACAUUAG